GGAAAUACCUAUUAACUCAAUUGUUUUGUUUGUGACAAUCAACAAACAUUUCCACAAGUUUUUAAGUUAAUAAUAUUAUACAUAAGUUUGUUGUCAGCAGUAUUUUAUAAGAGAGUUGAUAGUGUUUCUUCAAAAUGGUAUAUGACUACUUCGAUAAAUACACCUUUUUGUGUGACAUGUACGACGAAGAUUCUGACACUAUCAUAGAAUUAGUUCUUAAUUAUUUCCCGUUUGAUGCAUCGUGUCAAGUAAUAAAUACAAAAAAAGGAAAAAACUUGCUUAAACGCGUGCAUUUGCCAAGUCUUAAGCCAGAAAUGUUACAAAUUGGCAAUGUGGUCAAUAUAUUUUCUAAAUUACUACUUAUAACAGAUUGUGCACCAGCAACUAGAAGACUUUUGUUUAAUAAUGUUGAAAGUACUUUUGCGAUGAUUAAGCCUAUACCAGCACACCAACAUGGAAAAGUAAUAACGUUUAUUAUGAAGAAGGGUUUCCGCAUAGUUCGUAUGAAGAAUGGCAAAAUAAGUAAAGAUUUUGCUAUGGCACUUUACAAACACUUGUCGGGAAAUAGUUUGCUUCCUAUCAUAAUUGACUACGUGACUAGUGGUGAAAUUAUUGGCCUAGAACUGGUAGCCCCUAAUGCAACAGCGGCAUGGCGUCGCUGUUUAGGCGCCACUGACCCGGCUGAUGCGGAGCCUGGCACCCUCCGACAACUAUACGGAGAGGAUAUCCUCAGAAACAUCGCCCAUGGGUGCAACUCGUCAUCAGAAGCUAAGAAUAUAUUGGAUUUAUUUUUUGGUUGCGAUAACGGGGUGCAACGAGUACCAUUUAGAGCAACAUACAAGGAUUGCACUUGUUGCAUUAUUAAACCGCAUGUCAUAAUAGACGGCAAUUUGGGUGCAAUUCUGGAACAUAUUUCUACCUCCGGAACUUUUUAUAUAUCUGCCAUGGCUAUGUUUUCUGUGAAAUUAGCUGAUGCCCUAGAAUUCUAUGAAAUAUACAAAGGAGUAGUGCCAACAUACGAGGCAAUGGCGAUACAACUAGCCGAAGGAAAAUGUAUUGCAUUAGAAAUUAAGUGUACAGAUCCAAGCAAGAACUGUGUUUGUGAAUUCAGAAAACUGUGCGGCGCUCGAGAUCCGGAUUUGUGUCGUCAAUUAUAUCCAGGGUCAAUAAGAGCUCUUUAUGGAAAAACAAUAGUCGAAAAUGCUGUCCAUUGCACAGAUUUACCAGAGGAUGGAGAAAAUGAAGUAGAGUACUUCUUUAAACUCUUAGCUAUUGAAUGA